UCUCUCGGUCGCUCUCUCUCUCUCUCCGGAUCAGCUGCGCGCUCGCAGUAGUCUGUGCGUCCCUUCCCCCCGCGGCCUGGCUGCUGAUGAGAUGAGUGGAAGAUGUCGGUGUCGGGGCUGAAGGCCGAAUUAAAGUUCCUGGAGUCAAUCUUUGACCCAAACCAUGAGCGCUUCAGAAUAAUCGACUGGAAGCCAGAUGAACUGAGCUGCCAGUUCAAUGUGACGGGAGAAAAGCUGCUGAUCAUUCACUGCAACAUCACGGAGUCUUACCCUUCAACCCCACCGAUAUGGUUCGUUGAUUCAGAUGACCCAAGUCUGACUGAAGUCCUUGAACGACUUGAGGAUGUCAGGAAAGGCAAUACUUUGCUUCUACAGCAGCUGAAAAGGCUGAUCUGUGAUUUAUGCCGACUCUAUAACCUGCCCCAGCAUCCUGAUGUGGAGAUGCUGGAUCAGCCACUUCCUGCUGGACCCAUCAGUCAGGACAAGAAGCAUGGAACAACAGAUGAAGUGACAUCAGAAGAAGAGGAGGAAGAGGAAAUGGCAGAGCAGGAUAUUGAAGAUCUAGACCACUAUGACAUGAAAGAGGAGGAACCAGUCGAUGGGAAAAAGUCAGAGGAUGAUGGCAUUGAGAAAGAGAAUCUGGCCAUUCAAAAUAAAAAACAAAAAAACCAAAGACAACACCAACUUAAGUGUCCAUUCGGUAAGGUACCUUUUUAUACAACUUUGGGGUUGGGUGGAGCAAUAUUGGUUUAUUUAUACAGUAUAGUGAUGUCAUCUCUUUAUGACGUUGGUAUCUAUUCAGUGGAGUUAGUCAGUGAUAGCCUGUAUGAGUGGCAUGUCAAGUUAAGGACGGUUGACCCAGACAGUCCGUUACACAGUGACUUGCAGGUUUUGAAGGAAAAAGAAGGCAUGGACUACAUUCUGCUCAAUUUCUCUUAUAAAGAUAACUUUCCUUUUGAUCCUCCCUUUGUACGGGUUGUGUCUCCGGUCCUGUCUGGAGGCUAUGUUCUUGGAGGAGGAGCCUUGUGUAUGGAGCUACUUACAAAACAGGGCUGGAGCAGUGCCUACUCAAUAGAGUCAGUCAUCAUGCAAAUCAACGCCACCUUAGUCAAAGGGAAAGCCAGAGUGCAGUUCGGAGCAAAUAAGAAUCAAUACAAUCUUGCCAGAGCACAACAGUCAUAUAAAUCAUUGGUUCAGAUUCAUGAAAAGAAUGGCUGGUACACACCUCCUAAAGAAGAUGGCUAGGAAAAGCAUUGAUCCGCUUGCACACUGUAAACAUGGGAUAUCUGGUCAAACCUUUGCUUUAUGUUACUAAUGUUUUCACCUCUUCAGCUUGAGUAUGAUGCCCCCUCAUGUAAGUGGAAGCCAUCGGGGAAAAGUUUGCCCUCUCGCUGUCUGGAAUGCUCAGAAAUUUGCAUCGUCCUUUAUCUUCUACAAGGCUGGACUUUUUGACCAGAUCCCAUGAUGUCUGGAUUUCUGUCUGUUUCUCAUGCUCUCUUUCUCUCUCUCGUCUAUUGUCUUCUAUAAUGAUGGGACAUUCAGAGCCUUGGUACUAAUAAGGCAUCUAACAUGGCGUUUCGAAACGGUGUGAUCAGAGAAAGAUUUUUUUUUUACUUCUUUUUGUUGCUUCCUCCUCACUUUUAAUGGAGCAUGGCUCUGUUCAGGAUUAUUACAUAGAUGGAGAUGCUGGAUCUGAUCCUCUGUCUGUUUUUAAAGGAUGUUCUUAUGGCCAUGGACUUUAAAUGGUGGUUUACUGAACUUAAAACAGGAUAUGGAUGCAACUAGAGACAAUGUGAAGACAAUGUGCCACUGCUCUUGUAUCUAUAGAGACUUUUUUUCCCCCUCAUGCAUUCUGAGUUAACAUGUACUGGUACAUUUAAUGCCGAUGUUGUCAAAGAAUCGUUACUUGCCACAAUUAUAUGCGUAAGCUUCCUAAGCAACCCUUAUGUUAAUUAUAAUGGCAAGGACGAGAGGAAGGGGUGCUUAUACGACUCAAGCCCCAAAUCUCAUUUUUCCAACUUAGGAUGAAUUCCACUCAGUGGCUGAUCUGAUCAAUAAUGGACAAAUGCGAGCUUUGGCUUUGAAAAAGCGAAGCGGAACUUGCCGUCGCUCCAUAGUUGAACAGAGCUCCACUUGUAUACUUGUAAAUGGAUUUGAGGCGUCUUAAAUGUGGUGUUUGUGAAGUGGGGGAAUUAUCCGAGUUGUUCUCAAGUGAGGACUUGGAGACUCGAAAUGGGGAAAAAGGUUGAUGUUUCUCAAAAUAAAGGGGGUAAUAUCUUAAAAAUUGUAUUUAUGUAAGUGAUAUGAACAAUGUUUUUGUUCCCACCCUUAAUUGUCAUUUUCAUAAUUUCUGCUCCAUUAAAAAACAGCUGUUACAGAUUGAGACAUUUGAGGUUUGCAUUACUAAUGGACCUCUCAUAAUCGGCAGUACUUAAGAGUUUGCUGUCAGUUUCAUUCUGUGAGCACUGAUGGAUUAAAAGAGUGCAAACAAUACUUUUCUCAUAGCACAACACUACAAGAGCACUGUUUCUUUCCAAGCCUGAUGGACAAUACUCAAGGCAUUGUUUAUUUUACCUCUUGGAUCUUAACGUCCAGUAUAAAGUCUUAAGAAUGGUCAAUGCUUCAAGGUUCAUGGUGAAAUACACCAUACCUCCCUGCUUUUUUGUCUUUGUUUUGCAGUGUAUUAUAAAAAGUGGCUGUCGAAGACUCGUGCACGUUUCAUUGAAAACUCAGGAAAAUCCAUUAUGUUUGAAAACCUUUUUUGGUCCGUUUGCGCUACCUAUCCACUUUAAGAACCUUCUCUAGUUCCUGAAAGCAAAGAAAAGGAAUUUAACAGCUUCCCCUGGUCGCUAUUUAGUAUUUUAUGAUGGGGCUUGGUUUCAUCGUAAGAAGUGUUAAAGGCCAAUGGUGAUUAGAUAACUCUGGCUAUAAAAAUGUAUAUGAUUUCCUUCGUUUACUGAAUUUAAGUGCUCCGUCAAACGUAACUUAUGUUUUUAUGUUGUUGUUUCUCACCCCUCCAACUUCAGCUUUCAGUUGUAAAUAUUUUGGGACAUUUGGGGUUUAGUAUUUGCACAGAAUGUUGUGAUUGUGCCUCUUGGAUCAGUCCUGAGUUUGAACAUCGUCCCAUAACAGGCAGGCUCUUGGAUAUGUAUAUCUUUAAUAUGGAUGCAAAUGUAAUCUUUUAAUCCAGUCACAUGUAAAUGUAAUUCAAGAGAGCCACUGCAGCAGGAAUGUCUAAAAUAACUCCAGUAUCUGCUUUGCAAGUUAUUGCUGCUGUCUUGUUUCAGAGAUGUGCUUGGACUUGGGUUUUCAUUGGUGAGAUUUAAAAAAAAGUAGACCUCUCUAAAUGGUGUUUCCCCAGAGGUUUAUUCAUCUCAAGAAGUACAUCUGCGUUUGAGUUGUUGACCUGGGCUUGUCCACAUUGACCAAGUUUUCUGUAACUGAGUCUUUCUUCUAUUUCCUUGUCCAACAGUAAUGACUUGUUUUUGUUUUUCACACUGAACGUGAACCUCACCGUAACCAAUAACAGAACUCGUCUCUGGUGCCAUCUCAUGGAAUGGUUCUUGAAGCUCACACUGUUGGCAUGCAUUCUAGGUUUUUUUUUUUGUUAGGUUUUUCCAUUACAAGAGAAUUUUGACCAUGUACAGUAUAUUUGUAAACUUGCAUCAAGUUUAUGAAUAAAGAAUUUUACGAGGA